AAAAACAUGUUUUACUAACAAAGUCCAAACCUCAAUGCCUUCUCACUGAAGCUGGAACCAAGCAGGACAGUUGACUCUACACUGGCGCAUCUCACAAAACAGUUGCAGAGAUAAGAACAGGAGCAAGGAAGAAACCCUGGGCAAAGAGAUCUUGAAAUGGACCUUAAAUGGAAAAUCAUCAUCUUCAUCAUAGUCAUGAUCAUUGGACUGGUUACAUAUGAACUAAAACUUGGAUUUAAGAGAAAUUACAUGAGCCUUGAACCCAAUGCUUUUGAUGACCAAUAUUUGGGAUGUGAGAGGGACAUGAUGAAGAAUGCAAAAGAGCUCUUGGCUAAAGAAAGGAAAGUAGACCCCCAGCUAAAUGAUGUGUGGGAGGAAGCAGAGAAGAGAUGGAAGAGCUUGCAUCCGGAUAUCAAUGAGAAACGCAUUGAAAAACAUUUUGAAAUAGCUGUCAUUGCCUACACUGACUACAAGAUUCCAUUUUACAGGAAAUUUAAUGAUAUGGUCAGAACCUGUUGUACCUCCAGAGAUGACUACAUGAAAAAUUUCCAUUUCAAAGCUUUCCAUUUUUAUUUGACAAGAGCCAUCCAACUUCUUGGAGGAGAAUGUGUUCCUGUGUACAGGGGCAUAAGUCUGAAAUUCUAUCCUGAUAAGACUAGAGAAAUGCGCUUUGGUCAAUUUGCCUCAUCAUCUAAGGACAUAACUGUGGCCAGAAACUAUGCAAAGGGCUCAGGGACUCUCUAUACCUUCACCACUUGCCUUGGGGCUUCUAUCCAACAUUUGUCAUACAAUGAAUCAGAAAAGGAAGUGUUGAUUCCACCAUAUCAAGUCUUCGGUGUCUCCACCUUUGAAUCCACUUACUUCGGCCUCAACACCGUCAGCCUAGAGAAUAAAACUACCUGUAGUAACUUUAAUUGUACAUACAUCGGAGGAGAGAAGAAAACCACUUGUCUUUCCAACUCUGUUCCUGGUAAUAUCCUAGCAUGGCCUGGACUUCUGACUCAGCUGCCAUUGUUUGGCCUUCUCUCCCUGCUUCUCCAAGGAAGGAUCUACCUCUAGACAGAGUCUGGCUGGACCUGGGGUUGACAUACAAUUUGCUAAAUACUGUGGGCUGUACCACUAUUAUGAGGCAGGUUGGGAAGGGACAUUGGUCUAGAUUUAGUUCCAGGACAUAACCUUCUUUAUGUCCUGGACUGGUUUGUCAGCCUGGUAAGAUCUACAAAUCUCUUCUCAGAAUAAUAUCUUUAAAUGCAUAAAAUAAAAUACAUAGCAAUGCAAAGGAAACCAAUUAUUUUUUUUAAUUUAAAAAAAAAAAACAAAUUCACAGACCUCAGGUCAAGAAUUCCUGAUUUUAAGCACACCAUGCACCCCACCACCCCAUUACAAUCCAAAGAUGCUUUUAACGUGGCAAUGUGAAAUUUUGAAAUCAAAAGAAUAAACAAUGGCUCUUUCUCCAUUAACAAGCUCUCCUCUGGGUGCAUGAGACAUAGCAUUUCCUGACCUGGACUCCCCAACUGCAGUGGGAUUGCCUUCCCACUUGUGUAACCCAGGGUGAUGGUUUGAGUGGCUCUAUCUGCACUCUAAGCAGACUCUCUGAAAAAUAAUUCAUAGAUUUAUGUCUUAGUCUCUACCCCUUGAAACAUUUACCACAUGAAAAGCCCAUGGAUUGAUCCAUCAAUCAACCAAUCCAUAAACAUUUAUUAAACACCUGCUGUAUGUGCCAGGCACUGAUGUAAGCACAGGACUAACUACAUGUGCACCAGUGUGCCCUUCCCUUGGAUUGGAAUUUAUACCUAGAGGUAUGAACUAAUUCCCUCAAAAUCAUAACUGCAAGUUAUCUGACAGGAACCCAGUCCCACUUAGGUUUCCUGAUCUUGCUUUU